GUCAUCACCCUGCGCCAGCCGCGACGGUCCCCGGAUUGGGCUCGGAACAGCGUUCCGCGCCAUGGGGGCUUUGCGGCGUUUGCUGCUUUUUGGUGGGGUGUCGCUUCGGGGCUGUGGUGGGGCUUGUACCCCACUUGGGGGAAGCCGACUGUUGGUUUGUCGGCGCCAGUUAUCUGGCGCUGAGAGUGAGACUCUAAAACAAAGAAGAACACAAAUCAUGUCCCGAGGACUUCCAAAGCAGAAACCAAUAGAAGGUGUUAAACAAGUUAUAGUUGUGGCUUCUGGAAAGGGUGGAGUUGGAAAGUCUACUACAGCAGUGAACCUUGCACUCGCCCUAGCAGCAAAUGAUUCGUCAAAGGCCAUUGGUUUGUUAGAUGUGGAUGUGUAUGGUCCUUCAAUUCCAAAGAUGAUGAAUCUGAAAGGGAGUCCAGAAUUAUCACAGAACAACUUAAUGCGGCCUCUUUUGAAUUAUGGCAUUGCUUGUAUGUCCAUGGGCUUUCUAGUUGAAGAGACUGCACCGGUUGUUUGGAGAGGCCUGAUGGUAAUGUCAGCCAUUGAGAAACUGUUGAGGCAGGUAGAUUGGGGUCAACUGGACUACUUAGUUGUUGACAUGCCACCAGGAACUGGAGAUGUGCAGUUGUCAGUCUCACAGAAUAUUCCCAUUUCAGGCGCUGUGAUUGUCUCCACGCCCCAGGAUAUUGCAUUGAUGGAUGCACGUAAGGGAGCUGAGAUGUUUCGAAAAGUCCACGUGCCUGUUCUGGGCCUUGUCCAAAAUAUGAGUGUUUUCCAGUGUCCAAACUGUAAACACAAAACUCAUAUUUUUGGUGCUGAUGGUGCAAGGAAACUAGCACGGACCCUUGAUCUUGAUGUUCUAGGAGAUGUUCCCUUACAUCUUAAUAUAAGGGAAGCUUCAGAUACAGGCCAGCCGAUUGUGUUUUCACAGCCUGAAAGUGAUGAGGCCAAAGCCUACCGAAGAAUUGCUACUGAAGUGGUAGGAAGAUUGCCACCACCUCCGGAGUGAUUCCCCAGGUGCCCUGGAAAUUUGCCUGAUGCUUGACGUUGAGACCUUUGGAAAUCAGCCGUGUGGUGGUGAAACUUGUGG